ACGUUCGUGUGGGCGGAGGUGAUAUAUCCGUGGGCGGAGGCAAAUUUGAUUGAACCAAUCAGCGGCCGCUACGUCGCAACCACCCAGAGCAGCGAUUGGCUGGAGUCCGCGGGUCUCGGUUGAAGAAGAAGGAGCUCGGUCUGCAGCGCGUCACUCUGUCUGUUUCAACAUGGCGACUCAACAACUGUGUAAGCUGUUCGUCGGCGGGCUGAACGUGGAGACCACCGAGGAGGGCCUCCGCCUGCACUUCGAACAAUACGGCGCCAUCACCGACUGCGUGGUGGUGAUCAACCACCAACUGCAGCGGUCCCGCUGCUUCGGCUUCGUUACCUACUCCACCGGCGAAGAGGCAGACGCAGCAAUGGCCGCCCGGCCGCAUGUGCUGGACGGGAACAGCGUGGAGGUGAAGAGGGCCGUAGCCCGGGAGGACGCCGGCCGGCCCGAGGCGCUGGCUAAGGUCAAGAAGGUUUUCCUCGGCGGGCUUAAAGACGAGACCGAGGAGAGCCAUCUGCUUGAAUACUUCGGCCAGUUUGGGGUAGUGGAGAAGGCCGAGAUCAUCUCCGACAAGCUGACCGGGAAGAAGCGCGGCUUUGGCUUUGUCUACUUCGACGACAACGACUCCGCGGACAAGGCCGUGCUGCUGAAGUACCACACCAUCAACGGGCAUAAAGUUGAGGUGAAGAAGGCGCUCACCAAGCAGGAGGUGCUUGCGGCGGGCGGUCGCGGUGGCCGUGGAGGCCGCGGCGGACGAGGCGUGUACAACGGCUACGGCGGCGGGAGAGGGGGCGGCGGCGGUGGUGGCUACGGCGGUGGCGGCGGCUACGGCGGCGGCUACAACGACGGUGGCUACGGCGGCGGCGGCUACGGAAACGGAGGGUACGGCGGUGGGGGAUACGGGGCGGGCGGCUACGGGCAGAUGGCGGGGGCCGGUGGUGGCUACGGGAACGGUUACAAUGACUUUGGCGGGGACUACGGACAGCAGUCUUCGGCGUACGGCGCCAUGAAGGGGGGGAACUAUGCCAACCGGAACGCGGCCCCGUACCCCCGCGGUGGUGGCGGUGGGGCGGGCGGCGGCGCGUACGGAAGAGGCAACUUCAGCGGUUAUUAGAUAUGACGGAGAUAUGACGUCAUGUCCGUGGGAAAAUGUUGAUCACAAUAAACUGAAUUUACACACAAGGCGCUCUGGGUCUCUGAGGAGCGACAAGCAGAAUGACUCCAACCCCCCCCCACCCUCAUCUGUGGAAGACAUUGUGGACUUUGCAUACCAAGAAUUGCUAAAAAAUGAUGUAAUUUAUAAUGUGGGCUUUAGUUUGACAGUUAUCAGAUAGGUUUAGAUGGAGGUGUACCAGAUGACUGGUGGCAUCGCGAACUCAGGGCCUUUAGUCUGCGUUAGGAUCUUAAACUUCUCCACUGGGUCUCCAACAUUUGUCCCGUUUUGUUGAAUGCGUUUUUGUUUGUAAAUUGAGCUGUCGUCAUUUUUUCCCGUUCCACCCAAGCUUUUACUUUUGUAUACUUUGCAUUUAGCAGAGAUGUUAAUUUUGGUUCAAUUGUUUUAUUAUAAUUGCCUUUUAUUAAAGUUUUUAAUGUUUCGAAAAUUA